CGGCCCUCUCCACCUCCGUCGCCUCCUUGACUGCCUGGAGCUUUGCGUGCAGAUGGAGCUGCCUCUGCCUGGUAGUAGUCAAGACUCAAUCAAGAGUGCAGAGAAGAGAGAUGGUAGAGAGACACAGAGGAUGGUGAAGCUAACAAUGAUUGCUCGGGUUACUGACGGUCUUGCACUAGCAGAGGGACUCGAUGAUGAUGGCCGUGAUAUUAGAGAUGUUGAAUUUUACAAACAGCAAGUCAAAGCUUUGUUUAAGAACCUCUCAAGAGGCGAAAAUGAGCCGCCAAGGAUGUCACUUGAAACUGGGCCUUACAUCUUCCAGUAUCCUUGUGUGUUGUGUCUCUGUUGUCCCCUCUAUUUGCUCGUUCAUUAUUUGUUACAUUGAAGUUUUCGCGAAUUUAUUUAUUAUCAUACAGAAUUUUCAAUUAAGACACUCAAAUAGUGGUGACUCUUUUGCUUACUGUCGGACUAAUUCAGAGACCUCUGCCUUUUUCUGAGCCUACAGAUGAUCAAAGCUAUUCAAACUAGGCAUGAAGCAACACGAGUCUCUAGUUGGUGAUCACAAACUCAAUGAUUAAUAAGUGUUGGAUUCAGAACUUGAGUUGAUGAAAGAAAGAUUUGCAAAACUUUUGCUCGGUGAAGACAUGUCCAGGAGUGGGAAAGGAGUUUGUACUGCAAUUACUAUCUCAAAUUCCAUAGCCAAUCUCUAUGCUACUGUUUUUGGACAAAAUUUGAGACUAGAGCCUCUAAAUUCUGAGAAGAGAGCUAAGUGGAAGAGAGAAAUGGACUGCCUUCUAUCUGUAUGUGAUUGCAUAGUAGAAUUCAUCCCCACCACAUCACAAAAUUUGAGAGAUGGAACAGCCUUAGAGAUAAUGACAAGUAGACCAAGAGCUGAUAUUUAUAUAAACCUGCCAGCUUUGAGAAAGCUUGACACAAUGCUUAUUGAAAUAUUGGACAGUUUCCAAGACAGAGAAUUCCGAUAAUAGUGUUGAGUACAUGCCAUUCCUUCUUUCGCUUGUCUUUUUCUUGAAUGGUGGAGUUUGGACUGUCUAUGUUGUACUUGCAAAAGACACAUUUGUUGGAAUACCAAAUGGGACUGCAUUAUUCCUUGGAAGUCUUCAGCAGGUUCUCUAUGCAAUAUAAUGGAAGCCAAAGUUUAAAUUUUAAGUCAUUUGGUUUAAAAUUAUAAAGAUUUUGAAUUACAAUCAUACAUUAAAUUAUAUAUAUUAAAGGAG